AGAACGAGUCGCGGGUUUCGUCGUGUUUUCGCGUCUUUCGUUGUUAAAUUGUCAACCGGAAUCCCUGAUCAACAGCAACCCUUAAAAAGUCAGAGGAAUGCGCUAGCUACCGAAAGGUAGUUAACGUGACUGAGGGUUCAAAAUGCAAAAUUGGAAUCAAUGGCAACUACCGGCUGCUGCUCCAGUCGCAUCAACAUCAAUGCCGCAACCACCGGUUGGUUAUCCUGCUCCGGGAGCAGAUCCAAUGGCAAUGAUGCAGUCUUAUAUGCAGUAUUAUAGUCAGCCAGCUCCAAGUGGCUACACUACAGAACAAUGGGCUGCAGCUCAACAACAAAAUUGGGCUCAGUGGCAGCAAUGGCAACAACAAUAUCAACAAUGGCAAGCGCAGUACGGAGAAAAGUACCAAGAAACGAUGAAGCACUUGGCAACAAACAUGCCAACUGCAGCCUCUCAAGCGCCACCAUUGCCAACAUCGCAGCCACCUCUUCCGAGAGAUGAAAGUUCAAAGCCCCCAUUGCCACCUGACACUUCCACCCAAUACCAAUAUUCAACCGUGCCCCCUCCCCACCAAAAUAAUCUUCCGCUAUUUCCUUCCAAGUCGGGAGCCUCCCAAACUCAGGCAGCUAAUCCACCGCUGCCAACAAGUCAACCCCCAUUGCCAAAGGGUAAUAGUGAUAACAAUCAGGGGGGGAAGCAUAGUCUCCCUAAUGCUAGUUCUAGCUCCGAGUCUAGUAGUGCAAAGAAACUAAGACUCGAAGACGAAGAAUUAAGUGAGGCUGAGAAAACAUUCGAUGCUCAGUUUAAACAGUGGGAAGAAAAGUUUAAUACCUGGAAACAACAGAACGCUAACCAUCCUGACAAGACCCAGUAUCAGCAAUACGAAGCCAAGUGGACAACAUGGAGAGAAAAGUUGAUUGAAAGACGCGAACAAAUGCGCCGAAAGCGAGAACAACAGAGACAAAUGGCUCUGAAAGCCGAGGCAGAAAAGAAGAAGGACAUUCCCGGAGGGGACAAAAUACUCAAUAUCCUUUCCAAUACGGAAAAUCAGGGAUUGAUUAACAACUUGCUAGGGAUUGGAAAAACUCUCGGUUUGACUGGAAAACAAGAAACAAAUGCCCCACCACCUCCACCGCCAGCUCAAGAAGCUCCUGUAGCAUCUACUUUUACACCUGCCGUUCCACAACAGGCAUCAACAAUGGCACCACCAGCCAUGACUGCAGAAAUGAAUCAAGCUGCUUGGGCAGCACAACAGUGGGCUGCUCAGUAUAAUCCUCCCAUUCAGAAUUAUCAGACGUAUCAGCCAAUGAUAGGAGCUCCUCAAGCUAAUCCAUAUUCUCAACCACCACCAGCUUUUUCAAAUGCUCCACCAAAUUACUCAUCUGCUCCGCCAAACUUUGCAGGUGCUCCACCAAAUAUGGGAGCUCCUCCAAACAUGGGAGGUCCUCCAAAUAUGGGAGGUCCUCCGAAUAUGGGUGGCCCGCCAAACAUGGGUGGUCCACCAAACAUGGGAGGUCCACCAAACAUGGGAGGUCCACCAAAUAUGGGAGCACCGCCAAAUAUGGGAGCUCCGCCAAAUAUGGGAGCUCCGCCAAAUAUGGGAGGUCCUCCAAAUAUGGGAGCACCACCAAAUAUGGGAGGUCCACCAAAUAUGGGAGGUCCUCCAAACAUGGGAGGUCCUCCAAAUAUGAGUGGCCCGCCAAAUAUGAGUGGCCCGCCAAACAUGGGGGGAGGUGCACCAAAUUUCUCUCAACCACCACCUGGCUUCGGUGGAAAUGAUAGAAAAAUGCAACCACCAGCUUUUGGACCUCCAGGAUCUCAAGGUAAACCCUUUGGCUCGGACGGAGACAAUAAUAAAGGUUUUGGCAACAAGCGUGGUCCACCCUUCGGACCCCCAGGUAGAUUCGGUAACGACAAUUUCAAUGGUCCAGACCGAGAUUUCAACGAUCAAGGAAAUCAAUCCUUCGGAAAUGAUGGUUUCAACAAAAAUUUCAACGACGAUAACUUUGGCGAGGAGAAUUUCAAUGAGAAUGAGGACGACCGUUUUGAAAAUCAAGACGAAUUUGGACGCAAUGAUCGUUUCGGUCCUAGAAACAAUCGAUUCGGUUCUAAUGACCGCUUCGGACCGAACAAUAAUCGUUUCGAUAACGAUCAAUCUGGUCCAAAUGAUCGUUUUGGCAAUAAUCGCUUUGGAGGGCCAGAUAGAUUCGAUGGUCCAAAUGAUCGUUUUGGGCAAAAUGACAGAUUUAAUCAAGGGGACAACAGACGUGGAAAUCAACGAGGAUUUGAACCCAAGGUUGCUGAGAUGUCACCAGAAUUAAAGAAGCUAAUGGAGAAACGAAAAGCUGCAAUGGAUGUCUUUAAACCAAGCGGCAGUUCCUUCUUGAGUUCAGAGACAAACAGUGGAUUUGGUUCGCUUCGCGAUAGUUUUAAGAAGAUUUCAGGAGAAUCGCCGUUCUCGGCGAGAAAGAGACAAGACAGCGAAGGCUCGAAGGACUUCGGCGAUCGUGGGCCAGACUUCUCUCAAGACGGACCCGGUGAUCCAAAGUUCGGCUUCAAAUCUCGAUUCGAUUCCGGGCCCCGUGGACCUGGAGAUUUCAGUCCUAGAGGUCCUGGAAACUUUGGCCCUCGUGGUCCAGGAAAUUUCGGGCCAAGGGGUCCUAGUGAUUUUGGACCUAGAGGUCCUGGAGACUUUGGGCCAAGGGGUCCUGGUGAUUUCGGGCCAAGGGGUCCUGGUGAUUUCGGACCCAGAGGGCCUGGAGAUUUUGGACCCAGGGGUCCUGGUGAUUUUGGACCAAGAGGUCCUGGCGGUUUUGGCCCAAGGGGUCCUGGAGAUUUUGGACCAAGGGGUCCUGGAGAUUUUGGACCAAGGGGUCCUGGAGAUUUUGGACCAAGGGGUCCUGGUGAUUUUGGCCCAAGGGGUCCUGGUGAUUUUGGCCCAAGGGGUCCGGGUGAUUUUGGCCCAAGGGGUCCUGGAGAUUUUGGCCCAAGGGGUCCAGUUGAUUUUGGACCAAGGGGUCCCGGAGAUUUUGGACCAAAGGGUCCUGGAGAUUUUGGACCAAAGGGUCCCGGAGAUUUUGGCACAAAGGGUCCUGGUGAUUUUGGACCAAAGGGUCCCGAUGAUUUUGGAUCAAGGGGUCCCGGUGAUUUUGGGCCAAGGGGUCCUGGUGAUUUUGGGCCAAGGGCUCCUGGUGAUCUUGGACCAAGGGAUUCAGGAGAUGUAGGACCAAACAGUAAACUCUCGGAGUCGAAGGAAGACGAACCUUUCGGUCAACACAAUCAAGAUUCCUGGAAUCAAGAAAAGCCUAAUGAAGAAUCGCAACCGCAGGACAAUGCUCCAAAAGUUGAUGUGGAUCUUAGUCUUCCUCCUCCAGAAACUCAGCCUGAUACGCAACAUCCACCUCCAGAAGAAGAUAAUAAAAGUGAUUCACCUGCAGUCAUUCCGCCGAUGGAACAGCCACCCUGGAUGGAUACAUUCGAUGUACCUACAGAAGCAGGGGGCACUAUCGCUCAACUUCCACUACAAGAAGCCGAAAAGGAGAACGUUGAAGAACAAACUCCGAAUGAUGAAAAUACACCUGAAAUUUCCGAAACAGUCAAAUCUAAUGAUCUGCCUUUCAUGGGUGAAAAUGACCCCAAACCUGAAGAUCUGAACAUGGAACCACCUCCGGAUUUGCCAAACCUGGGACCUGUUGCCCAGCAAGGAGAAGUUAAUCAGUCAUUUACCGAAAGGCCUCCCAUGGAUAAAUUUGGACCUGGAAACUUUGAUGGUCCAUUCGGACCCAGAGGCCCGAUGCAAUUUGGACCGAGGGGUCCGAUGUUAGGUCCCCGAGGUCCUAACGAUGGACAUUCUCUCUUUGGACCUAGAGGUCCCAACGAUGGGCAUCCUCCCUUUGGACCUAGAGGCCCGAACGAUGGGCAUCCUCCCUUUGGACCUAGAGGACCGAACGAUGGGCAUCCUCCCUUUGGACCCAGAGGCCCGAACGAUGGACAUCCUCCCUUUGGACCCAGAGGCCCGAACGAUGGACAUCCUCCCUUUGGACCUAGAGGCCCGAACGAUGGACAUCCUCCCUUUGGACCUAGAGGCCCGAACGAUGGACAUUCUCCCUUUGGACCUAGAGGACCGAACGAUGGACAUUCUCCCUUUGGACCUAGAGGACCGAACGAUGGGCAUUCUCCCUUUGGACCAAGAGGACCGAACGAUGGGCAUUCUCCCUUUGGAUCUAGAGGACCGAACGAUGGACAUCCUCCCUUUGGACCUAGAGGUCCGAACGACGGACAUUCUCCAUUUGGACCCAGAGGUCCUCACAACGAUUUCAAUAUGGGACCUGGGCCGUUUGGAAACAGAGCAAUGGGGCCAGGAGGUCCUCGAGGACCAGGACCCUUUGGAAAUAGACCAAUGGGGCCAGGAGGGCCUCGAGAACAGUUUGAUGGAGACUCUGGUCCAAGGAAUGAAGGCUCCAAAGCUAUUCCCUCUUUACUAACUAUGAAACUAGAACCACCGAAGUCUUCUUUCUUUAAGCCAGGAUUCGAUCGUCCAGAAUUUGGACCAGAGUCGCAGAAUCAGGAAAGAAAUUUUGGCCCGGAUGAACCUAAUCUUAACAGAGCACCUCCCGGUUUUUCAAAAGGUUCGAGGUUGCCGGAAUGGAAACCAUUUGGUCGGGAUUUAGGAUCAAAUCAAGGAAUGGGGCCGAAUCAAGGAAUGGGGCCGAAUCACGGAAUGGGGCCGAGUCAAGGAAUGGGGCCGAAUCAUGGAAUGGGGCCGGAUCAAGAAAUGGAUACAGAUCAAAUACCCUUUGUUCAAAACGAGCCUUCAGAAAUGACUGAACCCCUAAUGAAUUCAACGCCGAUUGAACCAGAUAAAAUCUUAGCUCAAGAUGAUGUUUUGCUGAAACCUGAUAUAGACGAAAGAAUGAAGCCUGAUUCAGAGCAUCCACUUGGAGAUCCAAAUUCACCAUUCCGUCCUGGUCCUCCGGGAUUUAGUCAAGAUCAGCGAGGCAGACGCCUUUCAGACAUGUCUCCGAGAAAUAUUUCAGACAUGCCUCCAAGAGGGCACCCAGAUAUGCCUCCAAGAGGACAUCCAGAUAUGCCUCCAAGAGGACAUCCAGAUAUGCCUCCAAGAGGACAUGCAGAUAUGCCCCCAAGAGGACAUCCAGAUAUGCCUCCAAGAGGACAUCCAGAUAUGCCACCAAGAGGACAUCCAGAUAUGCCACCAAGAGGACAUCAAGAUAUGCCACCAAGAGGACAUCCAGAUAUGCCUCCUCGAAGGCUUCCAAUGCCAGAAUUUUGUAUCGAGAGACAAUUUAAUUACAAUCAUGGUGGUCGUGCUCCAGAGAAGAAUUUGGGAGAUCACAUUCCAGCAAAAGUGAUUGAUUAUUGUCACACACCUCGCAAUGCUGUUCAGGAAUAUUUGACCCCGGUGCAGUGUUUUGAAUAUGGACAUGGUAAUUUGAAACCAGAUGUUCCGGAACAUCAAAUUGAAGCGAAGAAGGAUUUCAGAUAUUGGGAGGAGAAUGAGCAAAACUUAAGAGAGUACUCGGAACAUAUGAAAGUGUUUGAGCAGGAGCAGAAUCGGAAGAAGUCUGCUAAGUCAAAGGAAAAGUCAAGGAAUGAAGAAGAUCGAAGUAUGGUUUCGGAUCAGGAUGAUAGAGUCAAGAGGAGUAAGGAAGAUACUGAUUUCAGGAGUGACUAUAGGAAGGACAAUGAUCGUAGGAAGGAUGAUCAUAGAAAGGACAAUGAUUAUAGGAAGGACAGUGAUCACAGAAAGGAUAGAGAUCGUAGGAAGGACAACGAUCACAGGAAGGAUGAUUAUAGAAGGGACAGUGAUAGGAAGGAUGAUCGUCGAAAGGAUGAUCACAAAAAAGAUGAUCAUAGGAGGAGUGAUUACAAGAAGGAUGACCGUAGAAGGGACACUGAUGACAGGAAGGAUAGCGAUCACAAAAAGGAUAUCGAUCAUAGAAAGGAUAACGAUCAUAGAAAGGAUAACGAUCAUAAAAAGGAUAAUGAUCAUAAAAAAGAUAGUGAUCAUAAAAAAGAUAAUGAUCACAAAAAGGAUAUUGAUCAUAGAAAGGAUAGCGAUCAUAAAAAGGAUAAUGAUCAUAAGAAGGAUAAUGAUCAUAAAAAGGAUAAUGAUCACAAAAAGGAUGCUGAGAACAAAAAGGAUAAUGAUCACAAAAAGGAUGCUGAGAACAAAAAAGAUACCGAUCAGAGAAUGGAUGUUGAUCAGAGAACAGAUGCUGAUCACAAAAUCGAUACAGAUCAUAGAAUGGAUGUUGAUCAGAGAAAGGACAAUCUCGACUGGGGCGAUGAAGAUUGGGGAAUUGAACGUGAUACGACUCCCAGCAAACCCCAGGAAAAAGACAAAGAUUCUAAGGAAGGCAAGCAAAAUGAGAAUGAAAGAUCAUCGGAGUUUAAUAGCUGGCUGGACAGUCCGAACAAGAAAGCUUCAGAAUCAUCAUCUCAGGAUACCAGCAAUCAAGAUGGGAAAAAAAAUACGGAGAGUCAACCCAAAACAUUGGAGUUGCCGAAAGUACCAAAUUUUACUGUUCUUGAUGAAUUAUUAUUCCCACCUGGACGCCAGAACAGACCACCAAAAAUAGUUAUUAUUUUAAGAGGACCACCUGGAAGUGGGAAAUCAUAUCUUGCUAAAUUGAUCAAGGACAAGGAAGUUGAACAAGGAGGUUCAGCACCAAGAAUUUUGAGCAUUGAUGAUUAUUUCCUUGUUGAAAAGGAAAAGGAGACUAAAGAUGAUAAUGGAAAGAAAAUUACGAUGAAGGAAAUGGUUUACGAAUAUGAAGAGGCAGUAGAAGCAAGUUACCUUUCGUCGCUUGUUAAAGCUUUUAAAAAGAACAUAACAGACGGCUAUUUUAACUUUAUAAUUUUGGACACUAUCAACGAGAAAAUAUCAGACUACGACGACAUGUGGAGUUUUGCUAAAACGAAAGGCUUCAAGGUCUACGUUUGUGAAAUGGAAAUGGAUGUUCAAAUUUGCCUCAAGAGAAAUAUUCAUAAUCGAUCUGAGGAUGAAAUCAAUAGGAUUGUUGAUUAUUUUGAGCCAACUCCAAAGCAUCAUCAAAAAUUAGAUAUAAAUACUCUUUUGCAAGAUCAGUCGAUUGAAGAUGUUCAGAUGGAAGAAACUCAGGAGGGCGAAAAAAGUGUUGUUCCUCCAGCCAAUGAAGAUAGUCAGGAUAGUCAGGAAGAUACUGUAGCGGGGGUCAGCAAAUGGGAGCGAAUGGAAGCUGAUGAUAAAUUAGACCGUUUGGACGGGUUAGCAAAAAGGAAGCACGAAGGAAAGCCACAAACGAUGGAAGACUUCCUUCAAGUACCUGACUAUUAUAACAUGGAAGACAAUUCUGGUAAAAAGAGGGUAAGAUGGGCCGAUUUGGAGGAACGGAAAGAACAAGAAAAGAUGCGAGCCGUGGGAUUUGUAGUUGGACACACAAAUUGGAAUCGUAUGAUGGAUCCCACCAAGGGAGAGAGUGCACUAACUCGUACGAAGUACAUAUGACCCAGGUUUCAACACCAUAAUCGUGGCUUUCCACGAUGGCGUCAUAAUUGAAUUUUUUCCAGUUGAUAAUUCCACCAGUCGGGAUCAUCAUAUUUCAGUUUACUAUAAAAAUGUGUCUCUUCAACAAGAAGGAAAUCAUCUUCCGAGUGUUGUGAGCAUUUUCACUCAACAACAGUAACAACAUCAAUAACAACAAAAAAAGGUAGCAUUUUCUGAUUGAGCUUGUAAAAAAAUGAACUUGUGUGAGGACUGACAUUUUAUCAAAUGAAUUUAUAUUAUUACUAAAUGCACACACACACACACACACACACAUACUGCGUAUUCAUUUCUUGUGUAUAGUAAGGCGUGCUGCUGCAAUUCUCUAUUUGAAAACCGAUGUGAAUUUCAAGCAUUCUUCAGACUAUAAUUAAUUAGUUUGACAUGACUCGCCCCCUCGCUUCCCCUCUUGACUUUUAUAAAUCUACCAAAUAAUUUGGUAUGAAUUAAAAGUGCGAAGAAUUGUUUAUAACUUGUGUGUGUGUGUGUGUGGGGGAGGAAAUAAUUGAGAUUAUGUCGCGUGAGAUGAUUUUAGAAUAGAAGGAAUGGAGAUUGAUUGAAUGAAUUGUGAGCGAAAAAAAAUUGACUAAAAGAAUUUUCAAGAGAGGCAAGAGUAUAUUAUUAUUAUACUACUUUCAUGACACAAGUGCUACUUUUCCGCAAUAACUUUAAAUCAAGUUGGCGCAUACAUACACUCUGUUUGUUUGUAUAAUGAUAAUUAUAAUGAUAAUGAUAAUUAGAAUUAGAAUUACCAUUUGUUUAAUGUUCAAGUGGAAUCGAGAGCCACUGAGAAGAGGUCAGUUUACGCAUGUAAUUUUUUAGUAAUUGUGUUGAUUUCAAUGCAAUUGUCGAAAGUCCGUCAAUUUCGCGUGCUGUCCGAAAUAAUUAUCAAGGGAUUACAAUCGUCAGAAUACUUAUAAUAAGGUGAUAUAUAUUGUACUUUACAUUUUUGUUGAUAGAUAAAAGUCAUUUUAAACUGUCUAAA